GUUUAAAAAGCAGUAGAGGAAGGAAAGAAGAACAAACAUGUCUGAACUAGGCCAAAACUCUGACGGAGAAGUGUGUCCUGAGGACAUUGAUGAAGAUGAAAUCCUGGCAAACCUGUCCCCCGAGGAGCUAAAGGAGCUGCAGUGUGAGAUGGAAGUUAUGGCCCCAGACCCCGAAGUCCCAACUGGGAUGAUACAGAGGGAUCAGACAGAGAAACCCCCCACGGGGAGCUUCAACCACAGGUCCCUGGUUGACUACCUGUACUGGCAGAAGGCAUCCAGACGCAUGCUCGAGGAUGAGAGAGUUCCCGUCACCCUCUUGCCCUCUGAGAGAAGCUCUGCGGAGGAGACGGAAGGAAAGGCUGGCGGCAGUGGUGAGGCGGCCAGCGGGAGGGUGCCAGGAGCAGAGGGAAAAGAGAGACAUUACAAAAAUGAGCACUUGUCCAACUCAGGAACACAGUUUGGGGAGACAAAGAAAGAUGGAAGUGAUGAGGAGGAGGAAGAGGAAGAAGAGGAAGAUGAUGAAGAGGAGGAGGAAGAAGAUGAAGAGGAAGGUGAGAGUGAAUUGGAAACAAAGGAGUCUUACGCCAAUGAGAACCACCACAAUGAUCAGAUAAGUAAGAAACCAGGUACAGAAUCUGGAGAAAUCACAGAAAAGCCAAAUGAAAAUGAAAAGAAAAUAUCAAAAUUAAACAUCCCCAAGAAGUUAGCGCUGGAUACCAGCUUCAUGAAGCUAAGUGCCAGGCCUUCAGGAAAUCAAACCAAUUUGGAAGAGAGUUUGGAGAAAGUCCGAAAAAACAACCCAGAUGUGAAAGAGCUCAACCUGAACAACAUAGAAAACAUCCCCAAGGAAAUGCUGAUAGACUUUGUCAAUGCCAUGAAAAAAAAUAAAAACGUAAAAACAUUUAGCUUGGCCAACGUGGGGGCCGACGACAAUGUGGCGUUCGCGCUGGCCAACAUGCUGCGGGAGAACAGGAGCAUCACCACGUUGAAUAUUGAUUCCAAUUUCAUCUCUGGCAAAGGGAUCGUUGCUAUCAUGAGGUGCCUGCAGUACAAUGAGAUGCUGACGGAGCUCCGCUUUCACAACCAGCGGAGCAUGCUGGGCCACCAGGCCGAAAUGGAGAUCGCCAGGCUGCUGAAAGCCAAUGACACCCUCCUUAAAAUGGGGUACCACUUCGAACUGCCGGGGCCCAGGAUGGUGGUGACCAACCUGCUCAGCAGAAACCUGGACAAGCAGAGGCAAAAGAGGCAAGAGGAGCAGAGGCAGCAGCAAAUGAAAGAGCAGAGGGAGUUGAUAGCGAUGCUGGAAAAUGGACUUGGGUUGCCUCCCGGGAUGUGGGAAAUGCUGGGGGGACCGCUGCCUGAGCCAAGGAUGCACGAGCCCCCCCAAGCCCCGAAACCACCCGUCCCCGCGGCUGUGUCUCUGAGCAAAAGGCAAGAGAGCGCGAGGCAGCCGGCCCCCGAGCAGCCAUGCAGAGAGAAGCCCCUCAGCUUCAGGGUGGUCAAGCUGAAGAAGAUUCAGCGCAAACCCACCGUGUCAAAGUACGUGGAACCCGCUGAGAAAACCAACCUCAAAGACGUCAUCAAAACGCUCAAACCGGUUCCCAGGAGAAGGCCGCCUCCCCUCGUCGAAAUAACCCCGAGAGAUCAGCUACUGAACGACAUCCGUCAGAGUAACGUCGCUUAUCUUAAACCGGUGCCAUUGCCAAAGCAGCUGGAGUGAGAGACCAGACUGACCCAAAGAAAACAACUUGGAAUAAAGACUAUUCACGUUUUGCUUACAACUGUUUCAGCAGAUGUUUUCUGCAGAACCCAGGUGGUAUAUAUGACUCUUUGGGAACAAAGCUUGCAAUACACACUUUUAUAAGUGUGGUGAAAAUGGCUGGCAUGGGAAAAGUCAGUGCUAAGCGUUUCCAUCAGGUAUCAAACAAUCCCAGUGCCAUCUGUCUGCCAAGUGGAUUUGAGGCUCCAGUGUGUUGUGGGAGUAUUUUCUCAGAGGCAUCAAUAACCUUGCCUUUCUAGUUUGUCAGCAAACUAUUUUGCUUCCACGUUGUCCUUCUGCUGUCAGAUUCUGCAGGAGCAUGCUGUGCUUUAUCUUAUCUUUCUUUUCACACGCAUGCUCCUUUGUUAUUCUCUUGUCCAUGAGAAAUGUAUGUAUACAGCUUCAUUUUUUAGGCUAAGGAAACAGAAAUUAAAUAAAGCUCUCUCCGUAAGAUGUGUGCAGCACUUCCAUGGCUAACAAAAUGCUCACAGAACAGAACGACUGCUCUGGUACAUUGGAUACCUCGUCUUGAUGGUUUCAAGCUACAUCUAUUUCAGAACAUAGUCUAGUUGGUGCUGUACCUGAUCAGCAUAUAAAAGAUGAUGCUAUGCUCUGCUUUGAGAGCUGUAAUCUUCAGGCCCCAUGAUUCACUUCUGUCCAUGAUAUAGUCCUUAAUUACAGCCACCUUGGAGUGCACUGAAAUGCCAUUUCAGGUCUCUCUCCACACUAUUCUUGUGGAAGGAGGUUGAGCCUUACCCCUCUCUUUGCCAGUGGUUUGAGAAACUCGUAAUUCCUCCUGUUAUGGGGUGUGAAUAGCAAGUCUCACUCCUAGCAGGGUUGAAUAUGAUGGGGUUAAACCUGCAUAUACACAAUUUAGU